AGUAGUCAGAGUCGCAGACGAUCGAGCAGUCUCUUGGAGACGAAGCUUUGUGUGUCCUUCUCCUCCUUCUCCUACUUCUUUUUCUUCUUCUUUUCCUUCCCACAAUCUUUCGUCCCUUCUCUUCCUCCCCCCUCCCCCCUCCCCCUCCCCACCCUCAACUUUCUUCUCUCUUCGAUGCGGCUUUUCUUGGUCGACCGGUCGACGGUCGACUGGCUUCUCGAGGGGGCGUGCUUGCUCACAUACAACAAACGCGAACGCGAAACUAUCUAAGCACGAGGCGCAAACGAAUUCAUUCUCGUGCUUCGUAUGUUAUUCAUCGUGUGUGGCCCGACUGGCCACUCCGUGGCACUCGAUCGUCCUGUGUAAUCGUCGAGUAAAUCGCUUUUCCUGUUCCACGAUUCAAAGGAGUAAGAGGAGCUCUGCCGAGGAAUAUAUUCAGACGCGUGAGAUCGGAGGAUUGUGCGUCCCGUUGAUCGCUUCGACUUGCUUACAAGAAAAAGCCGAUGGAACAACAACCAAAGGACCGCGAGGUUUAAGUUAAUCAAAGUUCCUCGAAGGAUGUGCCAUGGCUUCGUCUUUAGGGGGGUCAGGAAUGACGUCGGGCGUUUCGUCGCCGCGAAUAGUCAACCUGGAAUUUCCCCCACCUCCACCUUACCCACCGCCGCACAAUCAGAUAUCGCGCAACGCUUUAAUGGAACCGGUAUCACCAGUGUCACCCAUCACGAGUUCUCACCAACAUCCGCUUCUGGAUUAUUCGUACGCGUACUACCAAUCUGAUUCGAGUCACUUUCAUGUUCCAUAUCCGACACAAGUUCUCUCGCAGCAACAACAGCAGGAUCAGCGGCAACAGCAUCACCAUCAGCAACAGCAACUACAACAGCAAUCGCAACAACAAUCGCAGCCGUCAAGGACCGAUCCUUUAAAGAGACACACUUACACAACUUGCUAUGGCACGGAAGAAAAUAUUUACGAAGAGAUAUCGGAAAUCAGCAAGCAAUGUCAUCGCGCGUUGCAUGGAUCGCGAAGGUCACUUGUGGCAGAUGAGGUACGCCGCGUACAAUCGCGGCAUCGUCGCGUGCUCGGGGAACUUAACCUAAGCGUAGAAGCAAUGUUGAUGCCAACUGCGGUUGACAAUAACGAGGAAGAAAUAGCGCAAGAAGCUCAUGAAACUUCCACCGAAGAACUGCUGCCUUUAGCUAGUUUCGCUGAUGAUGUGCUUUCACGCGGAUAUGACAUGGACAGUGGUUUCAGUGGAAGCUCUAGUGCGAGUUACAGAUCCGGUUUGGGAUCUUUAAGAAGAGGAAUGGGGAAAACGAGCGGUUCGGAAUUAAUUGGUAUUCCACGUAAAACGAAAGCCGCCAUGAUUUGGAAAAAAAGCUGGAAAGGUUGGAAGAAACUCCAUUCCUUUGGAAACAAUAGUAACAACAGCAAGAUUAUUGACGAGCCUCGUUCAAGGUGCAAAUCGUGGGAUGACGUAGGACCCGGCAAAAUGGAAACGAUCAGUGGAAACGCGCGCCAUCCCUCUUUAGAGACAAGCAGGUCCAACACGUCCACACAGUCCGCCAGAAGCGAGGACUCCUGGUGUUCGGCAUCGGAUCACGAUAUCUCUUCUGAUGAUGAAAGCGAAAAGAGUAAUAUCAGUAUUAAAAGUAAUUGCCAAUUGAGAAAUACAUUGCAUAAAGCACGUACGCUUUGCGACAAGUGGCGAUUUCAGAAUAUACCGGCCAACAGUACGGAUCUUUUGGAAUCUCCGGGAAAUCACGGACGCCUCUCGAGAUGGUUCAGCAUUCGCAGAGGAUCGACGCAUCAUUACGAUGUAGAUUCCCCGGAUACGGUAUCUUUAACCAGUCCUGUCAAAACGUCGCAAAUGCCACAGCUUUGCGAAGUCGACGAAGAAAGUAGCGCGAUGAUACAAUUCCAGUGUAUGCAACAAAGAAGACAAGCUCCACCUACACUUCCGCCGCCACCUCCAAAUUUGUCUCCUCAACAAUUGAAACGUCGACAUAUUGUGGCCGCGAUAGUACAUUCCGAAAACAGUUAUGUAUCUACUUUGCAGAGAUUAGUAAAUGACUAUAAGAAACCAUUGGAAGAAUCUUCGCCACCUAUACUGAGUCAAUCCAAGAUAGCGACAUUGUUUCAUAGACUACCCGAAAUUUUGCAAUGUCAUACAUUAUUUAGAAUUGCUCUGGCGGAAUGCGUACGAUCCUGGGACAAGGAUGAAAAAUUGGGAGAUGUAUUCGUCGCGAGUUUCAGCAAAGCCAUUGUUCUCGACAUUUACAGCGGAUUUAUAAACAACUUUUCUGUGGCGAUGGAUUUAGCAAAACAAGAAUCAAAGAGGAAGACCGCGCUCGCUGAUUUUUUUAAGGUGAAACAAAUUAGUGCCCAUGAUAGAUUAUCUUUCUUUGGUUUAAUGGUCAAGCCUGUACAAAGGUUCCCACAAUUUAUCUUAUUUUUGCAAGAUUUAUUAAAGCAUACACCACAAGGACACCAUGAUAGAAUGUCUCUGCAGUUGGCGUUAACGCAACUCGAAAGUUUGGCCGAAAUGCUAAACGAGAGAAAACGAGAAGCGGAGCAAUUCCAAGCGUUUAAAGAAAUGUUGCGGCAUGUUUCCGGAAAAUUGUCGCAUCGUCCGCUUUCGUCAACGUCACGCUAUCUUAUUAGAGAAGAUAAUGUCACGCAAUUGGAAUUCAAUCAAAACGGUAUGAUAACGAAAUCUAAAAGAAGAAGGUUAUUGCUACUAAAUGAUUUAGUAGUAUGCGUUUCCGUCACUCCGAGAUCGACGGAAGAUUUUUCAGGAAACGAACGAUUAACGCUAAAAUGGACGUAUCCAGUAUCGGAUAUCGAAAUUCAAGAUACUAGCACUUCUCCUACUUUAAGUCGAUUACUCACCGCUGGUUUGAAUAAAGGUGGUAGUUUAAAAUCUGACAAAAGCGGUGGAGAAUGUGGACAAGCAACCGAUGCGGAUAGUCUUUGUGUAGAAAUGAACGAUCUUAUGCAUGAUUACGAAGUCAUGUCUAGGAUAAGUGAUUUAGUGGUGCAAUUGAAGGGUAGAUACGAGGGAAUGACACUCCAGACUACUAAGCAAAUUUUGCAAUCGAUACAAAUGUCGAUACAGCAGAAGGACGAGGACAUGGUAUGGGCCGAUAGCUGUUGUCUCCAACUAGUCACAAAGCAAGGUCAAAUGUACACAUUUCAAACAGAAAAUCCAUUGGUGAAAAAGGAUUGGAUAACUGAACUUAGAUUGGCGCAGUUAGCUUUGGAUCCUAACAAUUCUCCAUCGUGGGAAGUACCUGAACAGGAGCAAAGACCGUCCACGAAAAUGCCACUUUUCGUUAGUUCGCAAGCCGUAUAUCGCUCGCAACAUCAGACUGAAGUACGUUGCGGUUGUUAUUAUUCCAUUGAAAAUUCACGUUCCACUAGACGACGCGGUAGAAGUCAAAAUUAUUUGUGGAUAUGUACAGGAGACGGCAUAUCCAGUCAUGUAACAGUUUUUGGUCAAUCGACAACAGCGUCGGCGACUUGUUUAAAACGUAUAACUACUUUCGAUUUGGUCGAAACUAGAGUGAACGCUAUCGAGUUUGUAAAAGGGGUAUCCAAUGAUUUUACCACGCUCGCCAGCGACCUCGUAUGGAUGGGCACGGAUUCUCGGAAAAUUAUUAUUUAUGCCGCAACAGAACCCGAAAAGGAAGAAGAGAUUGGUAAUUAUCCUGUCUCGGGACCUAUAAUUGAGAUCAAGUAUCAUUGCGAUAAUGUUUUCGUAGCUUUAGGCACAGGUUUGUUACUUUUAUUUAAACGACAAGCCGAUGGUAUCUGGGCCCUCAAAGAUCCCUUUGUUAUAUCACUCGGUAACGAUCCAGUCUCAUGCCUAAUGCCAAUUAAUACAUCAGUUUAUGCCGCCUGUGGCAAGAAGGUUUGGGUACUUAAUGCCACUUCGGGAGAUGUCACCAAGAGCUUUAGCGCACAACACGAACAUGUUGGAAAUGUGAGACUCAUGGCCCAUUCCGGGGUCGGUCUUUGGGUCGCUCUUAAAAAUUCCAGUACAGUUUGUCUCUAUCACACGGAAACGUUCAAACACUUGCAAGACAUCAAUAUAGCGUCCAAUGUGUUGAGAGUGACGAAAAUGAAUAAUCCUCUAAAUUCGUGCGAUGGUACUCUCGCUGUCAAUAGUCAAACUGCGGUUACGGUUACGGCGCUUUUAGCAUGCAAAGGUCUCUUGUGGGUCGGCACUAAUGUAGGUAUUAGUUUAACUAUUCCAUUACCACGUUUAGAGGGAGUGCCAAUUAUCAGCGGACGCGUCAAUAUUUCGUAUCAUGCUCACUUUGGUCCGAUUACAUUUUUAUUGGCGAUACACAAUACGAAAGGCGCAACGUAUUCUACCGCGAAAAAUGUUCGCAUCAAUGAUGAUGAAAGUGUACCAUUAAGAACGAGAGAUGCCGAACAGAAAGCGCGAGAUAGAACGAGUUUAGAUUCUGCGUGUAAUAAUAUUGCGAAAUUGAAACAACAGUUAACGGGAAGCCCGGUAAUGCUGAGAAGAAAACGAAGCAAAGAAUAUGAAUGUAGAGGCUCGAAAACACUUCCGAGGGGAUUAGGAGCUGGUUGUGGAUUUUUAUCAAGCUCCAUCUCCAGUUCGCAGAGUUCUGGUGAGAACUGUGACGUUUACGGACUUUAUGGUGAAUUAAUGUACGUGAAAGAUUAUGAAAAUGAAAACAAUUCCGGUAUAGACCCUAUUUACGAAACAUUGAGAAGAAGCGACCCAGAAUUGGCAGCCAUACCAAAUAAAGUGAGUACUUUGGAUCGCAGAUUGAAAAUGAAAAUCACUAGGCCUAGAUCAUUGGAUCUUUCCAACUGGUCGGUAGAUUCUCAUGCGAGCUCUCUGUACACAUCUUCGGAAGAAAAUUUAUCUUUAAAAACUGGAAAAUUAUCACGUAAUAGUAGUAUAGCUAGUCGUAACGGUCCUUACGACCUCUCUCCAACUAACAAUAGCGCAAUACAAUCCACAUUGGAAACAACAACUGCGAAUAAUCUUAAGAUGAAUGGUAAGAAAAAUGGUAAAACGAUUCAACAAAUUGAACAACCUAAAAGGACGGUGUUGACAUUAAUGGGUGGACGUGGUUAUAUCAAUUGGAGGCAACUACAUGCGCAAUCCUAUAUUGACAAAAGUUCGAAAUCGACCUACGCGUUCAAAGACCCCAACAGUAAUGACGCACAUAUAGUGUUAUGGGAGAUGAAAUUGUGAUAUUCGUACACUUUAGACUUAUCGUUAUACAUCAAUUAUAUAUCACAGAAACGAAACUUUGACACUAAUAUCUAUGUGCAUUGUAAUAUCAGAAGAUAGGAUCAAAAGAACUUUAGAUAAGAUUAUUGAUUAUUGUAUUGUAAAGAAGUAUCAGGCCCAUGACAUGAUGAAUUUCAAUUAGAAUGUUAGCAAUCGAGUAUCCGUACCUUCGACUAUGUGUGACGAUUUUUAUAAUGUACAAAUUGUUAUAGAUUAUCUUUUAAAACAACGAGAAUCAAAAAUGCUAGAAGAAAAAAGUAUAAUUUCAGUAUUAGAAUAUUAAACAUCUCUCAUAUACAGUGAUCAGAUUGUUUAAUAACAUUAUUUAAUUACACGUAUUUUUUAAACAAACAACCUUUCUAGAAAAGGAUGAUUUUAUUAAAUACACAAAUUAAAAUAUAUAUAUAUUUACGAUAAAAUUAGUAAACACCAAGUAGCGGAUACUCUUGCUUAUCAAAAAUAAAUGUUUCCAUUGCAUAUGGAUUAUAGUUGUUAACAUUUCGAUACAAUGUAUCGUUUCUAGAUAUGAAUCAUUUGAAAUUUAUUGAUGAUAUACCUUGCUCAGAGUAUAUCAUCCUGAAUCUCGUUAGUGUUUAACGAAACGUGUGAUAAGUCGUAAAAAUAGAAGAAAGCGCACAAAAAUAGGAUUACGCUUAAAUAUGAAACGUUUCAUAUUGUUAUAUUUGUCAUGCGAAUAUUUGCUACAGAAAUAUUAUGUCUAUUAUAGAGUGCGUAUAUUAAAUCUCGAUUAAAAUUAAAAUAAACGAGGGAAAUUAUCACUCGCACACGUGUAACUACUACUACUAUGUAUUGUGUUUUACUACAUAUUGUUAUAAACUAUUGCAUUAUAUCAUCGUCUAUGUAUAUUGAUUUCGGUGAAAAUUGACCGACUGAAAAUUUGGACAUUAUUUGUUUUUAAAUAUUUUUUUUGGUGAUAUACACUAUUUGUUUUAAAAUGUGUCCGCGCGCACGUGCAUACGAUAAUCGUUUAUUUUAAACAUUUAAACGGUAUUUUUUUCUCAUAUCGCUCUUAAUCAAGAUUUAAUGCAAUAUUUCAAUAAUUAUAUUUACCAUUUGAAAUUAUCAAUACGAUUAUUACAAUUGACACAUCAAAUUAUUAAUUAUCAACAUAUUUUACAGUCAUGUUAUUUGAUUUUGAUAAAUGUAUUGACAAAAAGUUUCAUAAUGCGCGUUAUGUAAAACAUAAUUUAACGCAUUUAUAUUAACAAGUAUUUCUGCUAGUAAAUUAUAUAUACCUUUUCACGUGACAUUAUCGCAUUAAUUUGUAUUCCGCUAAAGAAAUUGAGACAUUUAAUUACAAUAUGACCAGACUCGAACAGCUACUUAGAAUCUCAUUAUUUACAUGUUUUGAGCAAACAAUCCAUUAUAAUAUUGAAAUCACCAAAUAGAAAUCAACAUUCUUUCAUUUCACAAUCUAUCAAUUUCAACAAUUACUAAAAUUAAAAAACGUGAGCGCUUCUAAAAUUGCCAAAUUAUCAUUUCCUUUAUAAUAAAUAUUCUGCAGAAAUUACAAUUAUGAAAGUCAAAAUGUUUAUUAAAAUUUGUCUAUGAAUUUCUUCAAAAUGAAUUAUAAAUUUUUCGAUUUUUCAAUAAAUAUAAGAACUUGUUUGUUAGAAAUUUUUUGGACGUAAUUAAAUAAAUAAAUAUAUAUCUGUUUAUAUAUGAUAAAACAUUAAUCACUACUGGCUCUGUUUUGCAUUUGUUUAUUCUUGUGAUAAUUAUCGAAAAAUUUAUAGAGUUAUUAAAUAAAAAAAGGAUCCAUUUUUUUAUAAAACGCCAUCUCAUUUUGAUACGAUUGAAGAAAAAGUGCCAGAAAGUCUAUGUACAUAUGUUUCGCAAAAUAAUAAUACCUAGUAUAUGAAAUCGUUGAAUAAAGAUUUAUAUUUUGUACACUAGUUCUGUUGGAAUACGCAUGAUCUAAUUUUGUAUUUAUGCCCCCAGUACGUGCGUUAGUGGUAUAAUGAAACUUUACUAUGUAUUUAUAUUAUUUGUAGUAACUGACGUUGUGUCAUUGCGUUAUAAAUAGAAAAUCUUGUUACUUUGCUAUUCUUCGCGAAAAGAAAGCAGCGAAAUAAUAUACUUUUUGUUCAUUGUAACUUUAUAUGGCUACAUUAAAACUCUAGUUCAAGUAAACAAGAAUAUCGCUCUUUAUCUAUCCAACAGACAAAGACAUAUACACAAAAUACAUAUAUAUUUAUAUACAAAUGGUAUUGAUCAUGCAAAUGGUUAUUAAAAAAAAAAAUUCGGAUAAUGUGCAAAAGGUGGAUUCUAGUGGAAUGCAAUCAGGCGAUAUAAUAUUGGUAUAAAAUGCAACCGAAUAUAUUGUAAUCUCUAAUAUUAUUUGUACAAUUUUUUUUU